AGGUAUCGAUAGAUUGCAGCAGGACUUAGAGCAGCGGAUCUGCUACUUGAGUGGCGGGCUUCGGAUCUAGCCUUGCAAAUAAUUUAUCAUGCAUUCUAGAGGUCAUAGUCAUGCUCACCAGAGACGUCAGAUGGUCUUGAGUCGCUCCAGAUGGUGGAGAAGGAAUAUGGGAGAUGCGGCUGCUCUUUCUCUAAUACCUUUCUUCUUCUUCCCCAGUGUUUAUAAACUUUUAUACACUACCAACGCUCUCGCGGCCGGUAGUCGUGGAUUGAUUGAUGGGUGCUUAAAUCGGUUUUAAGCAUCUAUUUAGGAAUAAAAACGUGUAAAAAGAAGUCAAAAUUAGAAUCAACAUAUGAUUCUUUUAUAGUAAACUCCCAGCAUUUUGGGUGUAUAGGAAGUCUCUGGUGCUUUGUGUGGUCAUGGGUCUAUCAUCAUCUGGUACUAAUAUAUGAUUUCAUAAGUUCAUGUGCAUAAAUUAGUUAGGAUUUAUUGUAAUUUCCAUAAAUUUGGAUUUCUUUCAAGGCCUGACUGACUUCAUAACAACGAAGCAGCUUCAGGUUCUAUCAGGAAGAUCAAUUGCUGAUUUUUCAUUUUAAUACCCCUCGCUGGCGUGGCAGAUUGGGAUUGGCUGCAUCGGAGGAUGUAAAGUUUUUAGUUCUUCCUUCAGUGUUUGGAUCAUGUUUAGGCUUUGGAAACAUUCUGUUUAUUCAUUGUGUUUGUUGUGGUAACAUUAUUUUUCUUUCCCUUCAUUAUUAGCUUGUUCUGUUUUCUUCUGUUUGGGGGGAAGGUUGAAGGGAAUUUGCCAAUGGAUUCCAAACAUUGGAUGGAAGUUUUAGGAUUUAUCUCAACCAUUAUUGUGAUAUGAUGCCAUGAAAGGACCAUAAAAUGACUUCCUUGCUGCAAAGUUUUGGGAUGAUGAGAGAUGGAAAAUAGUCAUUGCUCUUGGUUUUUCCUUGGCUAUUCCCUUUUUUUCCUUUUUUUAAUUAUUCUUUUUGGCUGUGAUGCACAAGUUUGUUUCUUCUUGUGGCACUAAAUGAUAGUUUUUACAGGUGAUUCAGCUGGUGGGAUCCAUUUGGCAAUAAAUUGAAUUUUUAAGCCAUUGUUUAUAUGUUUGUUUAUUAAUAAGCUUCAGAUUUUCUAAUGGAUUCCAAACAAGCAUUGGGGUCAUUAUGGCAUUAAAAUGAUCAUAAAGUGACUUCCUAAGUGCCAAGGAAGAAGAUUUGGGAUGAUUGGAAUUUGCCCUCGACUUCUUACUGAAUUUUUGACUUUCUACAGUGUUGUUAACAUGUCUUGCAGUCUAAAAUAAUAUUUGUGGAUAUGGGGAAGCCUGGAUUUGACCUAUGCCUUUUUAGUCAAUUAAUUGUGAUAAACAUUUAUCUACACUAUAAUAUUGUAUCGUUGAUUAUUGUAAAAUAGAUUCUUAUUGGUUGCUUUAAAAGUACUCCAUUGCCAAUUAUUUAGAGAAAUUAAUUAGUUGGAUAUGUUUAAUCAAUGUUGGAUUAUGUCAAAUGAUGAUUGAAUUUUGAAUAAAAUUAAUUAACAUAGUUCAAUUAGACACUGCGAUUAGUUUAAUGUUCUUUAGUUCAAGGAUUAAAAUAUCGAUUUCGAUAUAAUGUUGAGGUUAACAAUGUUACAGAUUAUGAGUGAAAUAUUGAUAUCGAUGUAUAAUUAAGUCAGGUCAUUUAGAAUAUUUGUUUACAUUAAUAAGUUUUCUCUAGGAUAUUGAUUCCUUAUUUUAACUUUAUCGUAUUCUAAUAUUCAACUAAAAAAUAAUAAUUAAAAGUCGAUGUUAGUAAACACUUUUAACUUUUCUUUUUUGGGUAUCAUCCCAACUCAAUUUAAAUACGUUCAUCUCAAAAAAUAAAAAUCUUUGUUUUAAACGAAGUAAAAAAAUUAAUUUUCUUGGAUCAUAAACCACAAGAUUUAUUGGAAACAAAUAACUUUAUGUUAGAUUUUCUUUUCUAUUCUGGUGGAGAAAGAAUUUAUGACUUGUAAAUUUUUUGAUGGACUAGAAAGUGACAUCUCAAUGGCUUCACCUUUUGACAAUGGCUUCCCGACCUGUUAAUUGAUAUGAGUAAAGUAAUGAAGAAGAUACCUACGUAAAUUUGCCAUUUUAACCCCAACUGAAACAGCCAUCUCAAGCUUCAACUAACCCUCCUACAAGGGGGGCAGAUAUGACAUUUCACCAUAGAAGAAGGGCCACAACCAUUUGGUAAACAUUCUUACUUUGCUUUUAAGCCAAGAGAGGUUGAUGUUUACUUGCCAAGCAUGCAAAGUUGAAGGAUUUAUUCCUACUUCAACCUUCAGCAAACAGAAACAUUACUCUUGUAAAAUUUCCGUGACUCAAGUGUUCAUGUAAGAUUUAGUUUUCUUUCCUUUUGACAGAAAACUCUCCCUUUUAGCUACUUUUGUUAUUCUUGGUUCUGUAUUUGGACUUUGCCCAUAUCUAUUUCUGUACUUGGAUGAGGUGAAUGUUAUGGUUUCAUAGUAAAAAACGACGGAGUCUUGGAAUGGCGUCACUUAUACCAGGAGUAUUGCUUAAACUUCUACAGAGUAUGAACUCCAAUGUGAAGGUCAGAGGAGAAUAUAGAUCAGUGCUAUUACAAGUUAUCAGCAUUGUACCUGCUUUAAAUGGAUUAGAACUGUGGCCUAAUCAAGGCUUCUUUAUAAAAGUUUCGGAUUCUUCACAUUCAACUUAUGUCUCAUUGUCUAGGCAAGAUAAUGAGUUGAUCUUGAACAACAAGUUACAACUUGGCCAAUUCUUCUAUGUUGAUAAAAUGGAAGCUGGAACUCCAGUUCCAGUUCUUGUCGGAAUUAGACCAGUUCCUGGACGACAACCUUUCAUCGGGACUCCGAAGGAUCUCAUGCAAAUAAUGGAGCCAUCAGAGAGGCCAAUCCAGAGUGAUCAAGAAGGAAAACGUGGAGCUAAAUCAAAGGAGAUGUCAGAAGCAAAAAAUGAGAGCAUGAGACAUAAAGUUGUGAUCAAAGAGGAGAAGACAAAUGUUUCAUCGCGGUAUAUGCAAGGUGUUUUGUCAUUGAAUUCUAGAAGUGGUAGAUUUGAUUCAAGUGCAGUUGGGAGGAGCAAUGAAAAUGAGGAUGGUGAAGCAGGUAAGAAGGUUGUAGUAGGACCAGUGAAAGGAAAGUCCAACGACCUUAAAGGUCAGGUGCAAGCAGCAAACCUGCAAAACCGGCUCGAUGAGGUUUCUUCAAAGGCAGAAGCCUUUCAGUUCAGUGUCAAGGAGGCCUCUGCAUGGUCUAAGAGCAUCCCUGCAAAAGGCAUUUCAUCUAAGCAAGAAAAUUUGAAUGUGAAUUGCUUAUCGAACAGAAAAGAUAAAACUCAUUCAUCCGACACAAUUUCAUGGGCCUCCUUGCCUACUAAUCUUUUAAAGACUGGAAAAGGGAUGGUUAGAAGGAAAAAUAUAGCCUCUGUGGUUGCAAUAGAGGCUCAAAAAGAGGCAAUUGCUGCCGCAUCCUUGAUCAAAUGUCUCAGUGUGUUUGCUGAUCUGUGCUCAUCAGCCUCACCUGAGAAUCCCCAACUCCCUCUCACCAAGUUCUUCACACUGCAGCAGCUAAUCUCCGAAACAAAUUCCAAGGAUGGAGUCAAGGACAAGUCACUUCUUUUGACUGCAAACUCAUCUCUGCCAGAAGCAAAUAAGUCUACAAAAGUUUCCUCGUUAUUCCUGUCAAAGAGUGCUUCAUCAAAGCCUGCAAAGGCACCUAUUGAAUUAAGAGAGAGCGAAAAACAAGAAUGGGCCAGAGGAGAUGGUGCAAAGGAGAUAAAAUUACUAAGAGAUGUUUUGCUAAAGGAAUCGACAUCAUGGUUUUUGAAUUUUUUGGAGGAAGCAUUGGAUAGUGGGUUUCGAAUAGGAAACCAGGACAAGAAAGGCCGGAACAAUGCAGGGCAACAAACGGAGGCGGGCAACCAUAUUGCUGUUGCCUUAUCACAACUCAAGCAAGCAAAUGAAUGGUUGGACAAGUUAAAAGGAAAUUUGAGUUCAGGAGAUAAUGGCUCAAGGGAAGCCAUUGACAGGCUAAAGCAGAAAGUCUAUUCCUGUUUGCUUUUACAUGUGGAGUCUGCUGCAACAGCUUUAGAGAGCAGAUUCGACCGUUGUUAAUCAAGCACAGCACAUUCAAAGUUUGUAAAUUGUACGACACAGUAAAUUAUACAUUUAAAGUGACUUUAAUCUCUCUGAUAUCAAGAGUUUGGUCAUUUUUAUCGA